UGCAGUUGAUUUACCUUACUCCUAUAUAGUGUCAUCAGUUUGUAAUUGCCAAUUAACAAACCGGAACCACUGGAAUGGAGAGUCCACGCAGUCUGCUUCUUUGCUUGAUCACCAUUGGUUUGGGGACAUUGAUUGAAGGUUGCGAUGACGGAUGGGUACCAUACAAAAACAACUGUUACUGGUUUUCAAGGGGAACGGAUUUGGUUUUUCAUAAUGCAGUGAAUACUUGUUCCGACAAGGGGUCACAUUUGAUCGAAUUAAAAAACACAUCAGAAGAAAAGUGGGUGCUGCUUCAAAGUCUAAUACGCCGUUAUGGUCACGUGUGGCUAGGUCUCACUGAUGUUUCACGUGAAGGUCGGUACGUGUAUUCAUCAACUGGCGUUAAACCACGGUAUCUAAACUGGCACAGAACGGAGCCAGCUGGCGGUAAAGGAGAAAACUGUGCUGUUCUGGUAACGACACAGCGUGUGUGGCACGACUAUCCCUGUACCUCUAAAAUGUCCUACGUCUGUAAGAAACCUGAAAAACGCAUGGAUUUGAAUUCAAAUUAUUGUAAAUGAAUCAAUUGUUAAUCUUUAAUCAUGACGAUAAAAACAAGAAAAAGAGCUACAUUUAUAACUGUUCAAUGAAUACUAUCUUCAAAUAAAAAUAAAAUCGUCACUUAAUAUG